AUGGCUAUGCAAGACUACAACAACCUCCCUUUUCAGCCAGAAAAACGACUGCCGAAGUCUCGCAAAAAGCAAGCUACCAAGCAACUUGACACUUCUAGCUGUGAUGUCAAGGCUCGAAAGCUGUCUAGCAGCAGCAGCAAGUCAUCAUGUUACACAGUAAAGACCCGCCGACCACGUUCACCCGAUGAGAAACCUCCGGCCCGAAGACACUCAACCACCACCACAGACUCAGUCCUCCUAUCCAUGCGCCACCCGAACAUCCUCUACGCCCUCGACCUCCGAUCAGGCAGCAGCAGCGACCUCCAACCGGCACCCACCUACACGGGCGUCACCCUCGCGACCCUGAUCCAGCGCGCCGGCCGGGGCCUCAGCUCCGCCGAAGCCGACUGCUACUUCGCGCAGCUGAUCGCAGGCCUAACCUACCUGCACGCCCUCUCCAUCAGCCACCGCGACCUCAACCCGUCCAACCUCCUCCUCACCACGACCGGCACGCUCAAGAUUGCCAACUUCACCGCCUCUGAGUACCUGCGACCCCCGUCCUCCUCCUCCUCCUCCUCAAGCGGCGGCCGGAGCCGCAAGCGCUGCUGCGGCACGGCGCCGUACCUCGCGCCGGAAGUCCUCCUCAUCCACGACGACCAGCGCGACUUCGACGCCCGCGCCGUCGACAUGUGGGCCGUGGGCGUCGUCUACCUGGAGCUGCGCACGGGGACGCUAGCGUGGGCGCUGGCGGCCGAGGGCGCGGACGAGGGCUACGACCAGUACCUCUCGGAGAGGAUAUCCCUCUGGGGGUUCCGGCCGAUUGAGAACCUGAAGAAUAGACACUGUCGGAGAGUCAUUCAGACGUUGCUGGAUCCCGAUCCGGGCGAGAGGAUGGCGGCGUCGCAGGUGCGGAGAUCGCCGUGGUGCGCGGGUAUCGAAUUGUGCGAGGCGGCGCUGGGUGGGUAG